AACCUUCCUCAUUUACAAUUGCCGGAAUUGGGAAGCAACAGCGCAGUGCUAACCCUCCUACCCAAGGCCCCGAUCUGUGCUGUCAUUCUCGAAGAACGCGGUACACUCCCUCCGUGCUCAUCAAACCCACAAAGGUGCAACAGCAUGGCUCCCGCCGCCAGCACCAGCCUCCCGGCUGCAAACAAACCGUUCCUAAGAAGAAACAUAACCUCGACCACGGUGGACUCUGACACGAGCGCUGUCGUGUCUCCUAUCGACUCUCCUCGUCCGUCGGCGUCGUCCACGUCGUUGUCCUCGCUGGCCUCCGAGGAUGCGCAGCCACAAAAGAAGUACGGCAAGCUGGUCGACACAUACGGGAAUGAGUUCGAGGUCCCCAAUUUCACAAUCAAGGAUAUUCGUGAUGCGAUCCCCAAGCAUUGCUACGAGCGUUCCGCCGUCCGCAGCUUGUCUUAUGUUGCCCGGGACCUGAUCUACCUCGGGACGACCUUUUAUAUCUGGAAUAAGUUUGUAACUCCGGAGUACAUUCCGUCACAGGCGCUGCGCGUCGUACUUUGGGGCGUGUAUACGUUCCUUCAAGGUCUUUUCGGCACCGGAAUCUGGGUCCUUGCCCACGAGUGCGGACACCAGGCCUUCUCCCCUUCGACAAAGCUCAACAACUUCGUUGGCUGGGUCUUGCACUCGGCCCUGCUGGUGCCCUACUUCAGCUGGCAGUUCAGCCACAGCAAGCACCACAAGGCCACCGGAAAUAUGGAGCGCGACAUGGUGUUUCUCCCCCGUACCAGGGAGCAGCACGCCACCCGCAUCGGCCGCUUUGUCCAUGAGCUUUCGGAGCUGACCGAGGAGACGCCCAUCUUCACCUUCCUCCACUUGCUGGGCCAGCAACUGAUUGGCUGGUGGAACUACCUCCUGACCAAUGUCACCGGCCACAACAACCACGAGAGGCAGAGAGAGGGCCGCGGCAAGGGAAAGAGGAAUGGCUGGUUCGGUGGCGUCAAUCAUUUCGAUCCCCGUAGUCCGAUUUUCGAGAAUAGGGAUGCCCUGUAUAUCCUGCUGAGCGAUCUUGGUCUCGCCAUCACCAUCACGGCGCUCGUCUAUCUCGGCAAGACGUUCGGCUGGUCCAACAUGUUUGUGUGGUAUUUCCUGCCCUAUCUCUGGGUCAACCACUGGCUCGUCGCCAUCACAUAUCUGCAGCACACCGAUCCCUCCCUGCCGCACUACACUGAGGAGGAGUGGAACUUCGUGCGUGGUGCCGCCGCCACUAUCGACCGCGAGUUCGGCUUCAUUGGUCGCCACCUGCUGCACGGCAUCAUCGAGACGCACGUUCUGCACCACUACGUCAGCACCAUCCCCUUUUACAAUGCCGACGAGGCCACCGAGGCCAUCAAGCCCAUCAUGGGCCGUCACUACCGGUCGGACACGCGUGAAGGUCCCGUCGGCUUCAUCAAGGCCAUGUGGAAGAGUGCGCGCUGGUGCCAGUGGGUCGAGCCAACCGAGGGCGCGGAAGGCCCCGCCAAGGGUGUGCUGUUUUUCCGCAACCAUAACGGCCUGGGAACACGCCCCGCUAAGAUGAAGCCGGUGGCUUGAUGUGGUCGAUGAUGGUGGUGCUGAUUAUUUUUUCUCUUUGGACGGUUCUCGCGGACUUGACUGCAACUCUCGGCAGCUCGCCUUAGAUGACCAGGCUCGCGGGAAUUUGCUCAACUUCUUUUACAUCCUUCCUC